GCAGGUUGACUUUGACCUGAAAGUCGUAUUCUGAACGUUGAACUUACAAGUGCGAGGACUGGCUCGACAAAAAACCCCUCUUGGAAUAGCGGCCAUUCGAGAGGGCCGUUGUUCGCAACUUGCAUGAGUGCAACGGCGUUCCAUGGUUCGUUCCAUGGGUCUCCUUUAAAACGACGGUAUCCCCAGCGUCACCGCAUCUUAGUCCUCAAACCACCGACUGGACGACGAUCUUCCCCUCUCAGCCCGGAUUCCGUCCCUUUGUUCCAAGAACCCAGAUCCCGUCCCUUGCGCCUCGUCUCGUAACCACACGAUCGGUCCCAGGGCUAACUUCUUUUGGGGUUGCUACCCGUCCUCCUCUCAGCAACUGGCUACGAAGUAGUACUUCGUACCGAUCAAGUAGUCCUUGCGAAAACAC